AUGACAAAGCAUGUGAGAAGCUUAUAUGCAGCCAUUCUCCAUGUGAAAUCUUGCAAUUGCAAAGCUAUAAACCCCCAAUUUUCUAAAUUUUACAAAUUCUCUACCUUAAUACCUGUAAUUAUCAACCGCAGAAGCCGAAUACAGGAACUUGCUAAGCUGUUGCAGUCGUCGUCCGCCACAGAUAAACCAAGUGCCUACUAUAAAUUAAUUCAUGGACAGAUUAUAGUAUCUGGGUUUCAAGCUGAUUUGUUUCUUGCAAACAUAUUGAUAAAUAGUUAUUCAAGAUGUGAUCAUUUAGCCUAUGCACGAACAUUGUUUGAUGAAAUGCCUGAGAGAAAUAUAAGCAGUUGGUCUUCAAUGAUUUCUGCUUAUACACAACAUGGAUACAAUGAAGAAGCUUGGAUGGUGUUUCUUAUGUUUCAAAGAAAUUGUGAGGAAACCCCAAAUGAGUAUGUGUUAGCUAGUGUUAUUCGCACAUCCACGCAGUUAGGGAGCGCGGUUAGGGGCUCUCAGUUGCAUAGUUUGGUUGUUAAAACAGGUAUUGAUCAAGAUGUUUAUGUGGGUACGUCAAUUGUUGAUUUUUAUUCGAAAAUUGGCAAGGUAGAAGAUGCAAGAUUGGUUUUUGAUGCUUUACCAAUUAAGAACGCUGUAACGUGGACUACGAUAAUAACUGGUUAUGCAAGAGUGGGAAAGAGUGAAGUUUCUUUACAACUGUUAAGCCAAAUGAAACAAAGUGAUGUCGUUCCAGACAAGUAUGUUCUCUCUAGUGUUUUAAGCGCAUGUUCAGUUGUCGGGUUCUUUGAAGGGGGAAAGCAAAUUCAUGGUUUUGUCUUAAGAAGAGAAGCAGCCAUGGAUAUAUCAGUGAGCAAUGCCCUUGUAGAUUUAUAUAUCAAAUGUGGUAAAGUGAGAACGGGAAGGAUGAUUUUUAAUCGCAUGCCGGUCAAGAAUGUUAUAUCAUGGACCACGAUGAUUUCUGGCUACAUGCAGAACUCUUUUGAUAGGGAGGCUAUGAAUUUGUUCAUCGACAUGACGAGAAAUGGUUGGAAGCCGGAUGGUUUUGCUUGUACUAGCAUUCUAACUUCAUGUGCUUCACUCGAGGCUCUAGAGCAAGGUAUACAAACACAUGCUUAUACCGUUAAGACCAAUCUAGAUGAAGACGAAUUUGUGAACAACGGUUUAAUUGACAUGUACUCAAAAUGUAAUUGCCUUGCUGAUGCAAGAAGAGCAUUUAAUGGUAUCCCCAAUCGUAAUGUGAUUGGUUACAAUGCUAUGAUUGAAAGUUACUCGAGGCAUGGAAAUUUAUAUGAAGCAUUGGAUCUUUUCCGUGAAAUGAGGCUCAGAUACGUUGAACCGAGCCUGUUGACUUUUGUUAGUCUUCUUGGCGUUUCAGCUUCAUUACUCACCUUAGAACUGAGCAAACAAAUUCACGGCUUUAUCAUCAAAUUUGGUGUCUCGUUGGACAUAUUUGCUGGCAGUGCUCUGAUUGAUGUUUACUCGAAGUGUUCCUUCACAUUUGAUGCAAGGCGCGUGUUUGAUGAAAUGAGUGAAAAAGAUAUCGUGGUAUGGAAUUCUAUGCUUUUCGGGUAUACCCAGACAUCAGAAAAUGAAAGCUCUCUUAGGCUUUAUCAAGAACUGCAGUUGUCAUGCCUACAACCGAACGAGUUCACAUUUGUGGCAAUGAUUACAGCCGCUAGUAACCUUGCUAGCCUUCCCAUCGGACACCAGUUCCAUACGCAGCUCUCAAAGACAGGUUUAAAUCUUGAUCCUUUCGUCACAAAUGCAUUGUUAGACAUGUACGCCAAGUGUGGAAGCAAACAAGAAGCUCAAAAUCUUUUCGAUUCCACAGUUUGCAGAGACAUUGUGUGCUGGAACUCAAUGAUAUUAACAUAUGCACAACAUGGAGACGCUAAAGAAUCUUUAAAAGUAUUUGAAAGAAUGUUAAACGAAGGAACCCAACCCAACUAUGUCACAUUUGUAGCUGUGCUCUCAGCUUGUGACCAUAUGGGGCUCGUAAAAGAUGGGUUUGAUCACUUUGAAACGAUGCGUAGUUUUGGUAUUGAACCGGGUAUAGAACAUUACGCAUGUAUGGUCUCACUCUUGGCCAGAGCCGGGAAGUUGUAUGAAGCUAAAGAGUUCAUCGAGAGAUUACCAAUACCUCCGGCAGCUGUAAUCUGGAGGAGUUUGCUAAGUGCAUGUCGAGUUGCUGGAAAUCUUGAAAUGGGUAAAUACGCUGCAGAAAUGGCGAUAUUGAUCGAUCCAAAAGACAGUGGAUCGUAUAUCUUGCUUUCUAAUAUUUUUGCAGCUAAGGGUAUGUGGGGUGAGGUCAAGAAGGUGAGAAAGAGGAUGGAGUGCAAUGGGGCGGUGAAAGAAGCCGGUCGUAGUUGGAUCGAAAUGAAUAACGAGGUUCAUGUUUUUAUUGCAAGAGAUGGAUCUCAUCGGCAGACGGAUUUGAUCUAUUCGGUGAUCGAUAAUUUGAUCGAUCAUGUAAGAACAUUCGUUUAUGCACAGGACCCUUGUAUGAUUUUGUUAAAUGAUUGA